AGUGGCCCGGCCGACAAGCCCCUCGGCGGAGGCAGCCCCUCCAGCGGGUGGGUCCGGGCCCGCUGGCGCCAUGGCGGCGCCGAUGGCGGAAGAGAAGAAGGCGACCGCGCGAGUGGAGCUACGAGGCUUCCCUCCAUGGACCGAGGUCGACGACCUGAAGGCGGUGAUCGACGGCUGCGGCACCCCGUCGCUGGACGUGCGGCUGCAGUACAAGGCGGAACUGGGCGGCGUGGUGGCCGUGGGUCUCUUCACGAGCCUCUACGAGGCUUCGGCGGUGGCGGCGCAGCUGAACGGCUUCGAGUUCACGCCAGGCUACCCGCUCGAGGCCCACGGGGAGCACAUGACGCCCGAGGACGCGGGUUUCAGGGCCAGCGGGCUUCUGGCGAGGCUCUCUGGGGUUCAAGUGGACUCCCGUGAGAUCCAGGGCGGGCCACUUGGGCAGUAA